CAGGGAAACAAGUGAAUGAAAAUGGAACACACGAAUAGUUGUUUUUGCAAAACGCGUGUAUAGAUAAAGCCAAUUUCUUUGUUAGGAUGGAGAGCCCUACUGCCUGGUUCUGGUGACCGUUAAGCGGAUUUAUCAAACAAGACUAGUUUCAUACCCUUCUCGACUUGAAGAAGCUGCCUAAUUGCAUUAGUGUUCAGUCUAUAUCAAAGCUACCAUUUGGCAUUUGCCCUUUGUCACCAAUGGAAAUGGUUUUGGGCUUUCACUUUUGCGAUUCUCAGUCUAUGUGCUGCAUUCUUAGGAGUUCAGAACUGAAACUUGUGAGAUCAAGAAGUGUUUGACCUCGUAUCUUUUUGAAAUUGCAAUUAUCCAUUGAACUACCAACAUCGGAGCAUUGGAAACAGGCCUUUGUGAAUUGUUAGUUAAUAUUGAGUUUGCUGCAAGAAAUGUCUGAUUUUGAUGAGAUAUAUGAAGCUUCAGAUGACCAGGCAGAUGGCUCAUCAGAUCUUGCCAGUGCCAGCCUUUUACCAGAGCCGGUUGUUAUCCGUGGUUCUGGCAACAUCACAGUGUUCGGCCUCAACAACCGGUUCUCGUCCGAGUUUCCGUCGGCGCUGUCGGCCAAGGUGGCGCCCGAGGAGUACCGCGCCACCGUGCAGCGCAUCAACGGCGUGCUGAAAAAGACGAUGCCCGUCAGCGCCAAGUGGCUGUUCUGUGGCUGCCUCUGCUGCUGCUGCACCCUCGGCUGCUCACUCUGGCCAGUCAUCUGCCUCAACAAACGGACGAAACACUCACUGGAGAAGGCGUUAGAAUGGGAGAACACGAACCUAUAUCACAAGCUGGGCCUUCACUGGAAGCUGGCCAGGCAUCACUGUGAUAACUCCACGAUGCUAGAAUACGUCCUGUUGAUCGAGUUCAUUCCCAAGCUGCCGCUGCACCGGCCCGACUAGCGCGCGCUUCUGCCGUGCCGGCGCGGCCGGGCGAGCGCACACUGGACGGCCGCCGCCCGCUGCAGUGUGCACACCGAGCUUUAAGGACAGCGCGCCGGCCGGCCGGGCGCCGACGAGUGCAGUGCUGGGGACGGCGGCAGGUGCUGGGGUGCCAUGUGCGCGAGCCGAACUGUGGCCGGACCAGCCGGCCUGGCGGACGCUGAAGGAGGAGCCGAAUCCCGUGUGUAGUGGCAGUGGUCUGCGCUGGGUGGCCGGCACAAGGAACUGGCAGCGGGGGAGCUACACAUGUCCUGGUUCGUGGUCAGGCGUGCAAUUGAGUGUGUGUCAAAGAGUUGCAGUAAUGAUGCGGAGAUCAUUGAAAGUGUUUAGCCAAGUGUUUAGUUCAGUUACUACUCGAGAGAAAAUAUUUUAUAUUCAAUUUGCAGUUAUCUAAGCAUUGUAUUUGAAGACCUUUCCUAUUGAUUGUGGCGUACUUUUAUCAUGGCGCACACUGCGAUGAAUUGACUUCUUUUGCUUAAUCUAUAAGCACAUGUCUAGUUGAAUGAAAAUAUCGUGUUAAGUUCUACCAUUUUAUGUAUAGGAUUCACUGGAGUUGAAUCGUUGACCAUUACGUGCAUGAACCAUACAGUGAACGGGCGCAACAUGACUUACUUGAUUCGUGGCCAACUAACCACAUAUACGGCACUAGCGUGCACUAACAGGCAACCAGAGAUACAAAAACCCAAUAGUCAUAAUAUGCUCGACCCAAAGUUCCCGCACAGGCCAUCACCAGAGCGUGUAAUGUGUAUAAUUUAGCCAUUGUUACCAGGUAUGCCGCGCCGGCCCGCGCGGUUGGGACUGUGACCGUCCCAGCGGGGCCGGCGGCGACGUCAGCGCGCUGGGGCUCAACCUCAGCCGGCGGGUCCCCGAUCUCUGAGCGGGACAUGGACCGGUCCCGGUAGUUUGUUGCUUUGUUGGCCGAUUUUCCAGUGCGCGGCGCGUUUGUACUGGGCGGCGGUUGAGUUUGUGCAGGACCCGGUGUCGCGGCAGUGUGGAAAGGCUCUGGUGGCGGGCGCAGGCGGGGUGAGCCAGGGAUGCAGGCCGGGCAGGCUCUCGGUCUGUGCGUGUGUGUGCGGGUGUAUGGCGAGGGUUCAGAAUACGAGCACAGACCGGGCGACGCUGCGUGGUGCUGACCGUCCGACCGCCGAGCCGACCGGACCUCAGACUAGGGCUGAUCCGGGCCGACCGACCUCGGCAUCGCCGCUUUCUAGCAAUAUACUCCACGCUGCUGCAGUGUGACGUGUGUCGACAUGAGAAUAUACCACUCAAGGAAUGACAA